UGAAUGGAAGUCAAUGGAGAGUCCUCACUAUGAUACAAAGACAGACAUGUGUGCAUGUGUGUGUGUGUGUGUGUGUGUGUGUGUGCGUGCUUGUGUGUGUGUCUAUUCAAGAACUUGGUAGGGUUGUCAGGAGCUCUGAGCCUGCUCAGAUGUUUAAAUCACUUCUCUUUGUGUGUGUGUGUGUGUGUGUGUGUGUAUGUGUGUGCGUGUGUGUGUGUGUGUGUGUGUGUGUGUGUGUGUUCACAUCUGAAGCUCAUAGUGAAUACAGUUGUGUAAUCUCACGCUGUGAGUAUAUAUUAAUGUUAGUGGAUGGUGCUGAGUUUUCUCUUUGCUUCAGCUCCUCGCUGCUGGUGUCGGUGAUGCAGCCUGUUGUCAUUUUUAAGGAGAAAAGAGAAAGUCUUCAGGGGCAGAUGAAGCACACACACACACACACACACACACACACACACACACACACACACACACACACACACAUACACACACACACACACACACACACACACACAGAGUUCUCGACUUUAAAAGCCUACUGCAGUUUCAGAUGUAGGAAUUUUCUCUCUAUUUUCCUGUGUCUUUUCAUCUUAAAAUGAUUUUAAGGCUUCAGAUAAAACUCGUGUUCACGUCCAGCUCUUAGAAUUAUGACAUCCAUGAGUGGAUUCACAUGAACUCUGACCUUUCUUUUGAACUUUUCAUCUCAACAUUGAAACUCAGACUGACACAACACGUCUGACACGAAUAAACGCAGUUUUAAAAGGACAGAUUUGUUCCCCGUUUUCAUCAUAAGUGAGUCUUAUUUAGUUUCUUUGUUUUUUGGCUCUUUCAUCCCUCAUUCUCUCUCUCUCUGUGUGUGUGUGUGUGUGUGUGUGUGUGUCUCUUCAUGUCCAGCUUCUGCUCCUAAGCUGCGGCUGAUGCGAGGCCAGUCGCUCAUUGAAGGGGACAAGCUGUACUUGAAGUGCGAGGCGUCCGGGAGCCCCAGCCCCACCUUCCGCUGGUACAAAGAUGGACACGAGCUUCAAAAAGGCCGAGACCUCAAAAUAAAAACCAACAAAAAAAAUUCAAAGGUGCAGAUCAGCCGUGUUCGUGUAGAAGACUCCGGCAACUACACCUGUGUGGCUGAAAACUCCUUAGGACAAGAAAACGCCACUAGUAUAAUCAGCGUGCAGAUCUUGACCACCACAACCCCACCUCCAGGUGUAAGCCACGCGAGGCGCUGCAACGAUUCGGAGAAGGCGUACUGCGUCAACGGAGGAGACUGUUACUUUAUACAUGGUAUUAACCAGAUGUCCUGCAAGUGUCCCAAUGACUAUACGGGGGACCGCUGUCAAAACUCCGUCAUGGCCGGUUUCUACAAGCUUCUCAAAAUUGAAUUUAUGGAGGCCGAGGAGCUCUACCAGAGGCGGGUGCUGACCAUCACAGGCAUCUGCGUGGCGUUGUUAGUGGUGGGCAUCGUUUGUGUGGUGGCCUACUGCAAAACCAAGAAACAGAGAAGGAAGAUGCACAGUCACCUACACCAAAACCAGAACCAGUGUGUGGAGCAGCCAAACCGCAUGUUGGCCAAUGGGCCGAACCACCCCGGGCCCGGUCCUGAGGAGAUCCCCAUGGUUGAUUACAUCUCAAAGACUGUUCCUACAACGGAGUGUGUGAUCAGCCACGGAGCAGAGGGAGCAGGAAACUAUGCAGGCAGUCGAAUGUCUACCCGCUCUCACCACUCCACCACUGCCUCACAUGCUUCCAGGCACGAGGAGCAGACGUGGAGCAUGGAGCGAACAGAGAGCGUGAACUCAGACUGCCAGUCAGGCGGGCUCUCCAGCUCGGUGGGAACCAGUAAGUGCAGCAGUCCAGCAUGCAUGGCGAGGAGGGCUGCCCACUGGGGCUGUGCAGACGGCUCCAGGAUGGGGAUGCAGUACGGAGACUCCUACGACUCCCUAAGAGACUCGCCUCACAGUGACAGGUAUGUGUCUGCACUGACCACACCGGCACGGCUCUCUCCUGUGGAGUUUCACUACCCCCCGCUACCACCCCAGGUACCCACCUUCCAGAUCACCUCACCCAACAGAAGCCACGCUCUCUCCCUCCCCCCCGCUGCUGCUGCCUACCGCAGGGAUGAUGACCAGCCACUGCUGAGAUGUCCAGAUGACGGGAGUUUGUACAGGCAGCCUCGUCGCCCUCGGCGACCCUACCUGACAGAGAGCACAGGCAGUCUACCGUCCAGUCCUUACCAUCUACCUGAUGACGAGGCCUACGAGACGACGCAGGAGUACGCGUCCUCGCGGGAACCAAUCCAGAGCCGGCGCCGCCCCCGACGCAACCGCCUCAAUGGACACAUCUCGCAGUGUUCAGCGGGACUACGGGACUACAGCUCACAGAGCUUGAGCCAGUCAGAAGAAGAGGAAGAAGAGGAAGAGGAAGAGGAUGGUCACGGGGAGAGUACACCCUUUUUAAGUAUGCAGAACAUGAACAUGGACCCGCCCCUAACAGCCUCGGGGUUCCGCUCAUCCUCUGGUGCGGACACACGGACUCACCGCGGGCUGAGUCGGCCUGGAACGCGCAGCAACGGGCAGAGCCGCAGCUCCCAGACGCAGCGCUGCAAGGCCGACAACAUGCCCCUUUAAGACUGGACCUCCCUCCGACGCCCACCCGUACACCCCUGCCACGCCCCCCACCUCUCACACUCCCCCUCGUCCUUCACACAGCCAGUGGACUAGAGACCCUCACCUAGGAGAAAUAUUUUUAUUUUGUAUAACAGACAGAUAUUCUAAACAAAUGAAAUAUUUAUUUUCAUUUCAGCAAAAAUUGUCUACUAGCUAACAGCAAAGACUUUUUUGAUAACGGGGGGAUAUUUAUAUGUAAAGUUUUUUGAUUUACAGCAUUACGAGAGAUGAAAAAUAUGAGAACUACGUGCCAAUUUUUUCACAAGUUAGAUUAAUAGAAUAAUAUUGUGGUGCCUUUUGCUGUAUGCUGAAGUCGGAGGUCCCGUUGAGUUUUUGUAGCUUUUCUUAUGAAGACGCCUCAUUUUUAUAGAGACCAACCCUCUUCCUUCCUGUUGCUUUUCUUUCUGAUUUGGGAUCUUCCUCUUUUUGAACUGUGAUCAGAUUAUGUCAUCAUGCAAUAUUGAUUCUUUCCGUGUUAAAGGUGAUUGUUUACAUGAAUACGACAACUCGCUCGCUUCACAGAGACGUUUAGACGCAACCGGGUGUGUAGGGUAGAGUCUCUGACGGACGCCCAUCGGUCAUUACUGUCCUCGUCCGCUGCCUGUCGGUCAUUCGUUGUAGUUUCUGUGAACAGAAGGUGUUUGGUUGUUGCUGAGGGAAGGUGGCUUCAGAUUCCUGUGUAGGUGGUGCUGUCACUGCAGUGUGUGUGCGUGUGUGUGUGUGUGUGUUUGAGACCUGCCUCAUUGGUUGGGGCCUGUGUUCACCUCGGUGGUCGUGGUUUCCUGUUAGACUGAACAUGUUCUUCCCACCAAUCGUCAUGCUGCCAGAAGCUCCGCUGCACUGUAAGCACCUCCGUCUGCGAGCAGUCGUUGGUCAGGGAGCUGCAAAUCCAAACCCAACCCAACCAAUCCAGUUGUAAUCCAGCCUGACUCUGGCCACCCGUGGACUGCCUAGCCCGCCCGUUUCCUAUGCCAGCAGCUUAGAGCCGCACUGUGUCUCAGGAUUUCCCCAUCGCAUCACAGCCAAACGACUCACAGCAGAGAGAGCACAUCAUCUCAGUCGCUGUUCAGUCCACAGGGCCAGAUCCUCAUGUCUUCAUCUUCCUUUUGUUGCGCUCACUCACAAAAGUAGGAAGCUGACGUUUGGGAACACCAAGAAUGAGAAAGUUGUGUGUUAGUGAACAUGCGUGUGUGUGUGUGUAUGUGUGUGUGUGUGUGUGACCCACAGUGUUGAUGGUGAAAUAAAAAAGAAGAAAUGAAAACGUUUUGCAGAGACCACAUCUGUUCUCCCUGAUUCGGGGGCCUAGCUAGAGAUUCUGCCUCGCCCCCAAACCCGCCUUGAGAGGAGGAUGUCAUUCUGGGUCCAAUCCCCGGAGAACCGUCGCCGGUCCAGUCGUGAACACGGAGAGCCAUCCCCACGUGUUACCACACUAGUGAUGGCACAGCUAUGGAGUGGGUUUAAAACAGCUAAACACAAGCGACGUCACACCCGCUGCUAGAGAACGCGCUUUGUUUCGCUCACAGCCAAAUAACGGUGCGUGACCCAGACUCUGGUUUUUAUUGCUUGAACGUCUUUAGCUUCGUCACAACGACUGAGUGAUUUGUCUCUGUGUCCCCUCCCCCCGACCCCUCUCACCUUCCUGUCUUCCUCAUCCUCGUUGGACCUACCGAACCUACCAGCAGAUCAGUUUAACGCUCGCGUGGAGCACGCCGAGCAGCCCAGCGACACUGGGCUGAACCGGUCCCUUCCACUCCAGACCCUAGAGACCCGUUCAAGCUCGCUGAGGACAACCCGUCCGGCUCCCUGUUUGAGUUUGCUCACAACAACUAGAGUUGUUUUCUAACACAGGCAACGCAUGGAUCACAUAGAGAGUACCGUUAAAAGACGUCAGAUGCCUCCGAUUCGAGGGCGUCCCAGUAGAGAUGUACCCGAGUAGUGUUUGGGUCUGGGCCCAAAGUUUUUAUUACUGUAAACAAUCUGGGAUUCACAACAUGGGAACAUGCAAGUGAGGAUAGUGUGCUUGUAGAGCUUGUAGAGUUAUUAAUGAACCCACCGUCUUUCUCCUCCCACCCACCUGCUGCAUACACACACACACACACACACACACACACACACUCCAACACACAGCCCUUCCAUGUUUGUUUGUCAAGCAGUUUGUCUUUUUUUUACCUCCCUAUUCCUUCUCUCCUCCUCCCUCCCCUCUUCCCUCUCUUGACUCCCUCCCCUCUGACCUUUUCUCCUCUCAGCCUCCCCCUCCCCCCCGACCCAAGCCCUUGCAUGUCCUAGUGGUACUGGUAGUUGGGUGCAUGGAAAAAGCAGCAAGCAAAAUUGUUUUUCCACUCGGUUAAAAAAAUAAAAGAAUUAAAAUAAGAAUAUGUCUUCAUUUUAAACAUUCAGCAAUAAAUUUCAUUCUCUUCAUGUCCAUUAUUCUUGGAAUAUGCUAGAAGAUUUUUUGCAAGUUUUAUCCAAAACAUGCUACUUGUAAAAGAAGAAAAAUCCAAAACCACCCCUUCAUGUGAAAAAUAAAAACUUUAUUCCUACCA